CUAUACAAUAUAUAAAUCCUGUUUUUGAAAUCUGAACGAAAUGUUCCUACAAAAUGAAAUAUAGUAAAUAGAACAUUUAUUUAUCCAAUAACUAUUUACCUGCACUGUUCAGUGCUUACACUGGGCGCUACAAACUUCUAUAGCCUAUAGUCUAUAGCAAUAGAAAAGGUGCUGUUGUAGUUGUAACAUGUUUUUUUUCAAGGAACAUCAAUGAAACAGAAGUAUUUUAAAAAUGCCAUAUGUGCAUAUUUAAAUAAAUUGGUAAUGAUUUUACAGUGUUGUAUUUCUAUAAAGCACAGAGUACUAUUUGUUUAGUUACUGUUGUUACUAUUGCAUUUAUAAUGCAGUUGCUAUAAAAUCAAGUAACUUUUUGAAUUUGCUAAAAGACGAUAGAUUUUCAUCCACUGUGAAAUAUCAUGAAAAAUUUAUUUUAGAAAUAUAGUCACAUUUUAUAAGUAGUGUUAUUUAAUUUGUACGAAGCUAAAACAAUGGAAGAGGCAUAAACAUGAACAAAACAUUAAGUUCAAUAGAUAGUGGAGGUGAUAAACAUCUGUCAGAAACAACAGUACAAAGCAUAGUGCAAAAUUUGACUACCAUGCAAAAUAUGCAGAAUGCACAAAGUGUUGUUCAUAGUAACAUACAGAGUAUUCAAUCAACUCAGACCAUAGUAGGUUCAGUUGGAACAUCUACCAAUCUUGUAGGCAAAUCAAUGUCAAUGGAUACAAAUCCAAAGUUGCCUUUAAUGAAACCUGUAGUUCCUUCUGGUACUACGUCAACCUCUGAAACUAAUAAAAUAACCACAACGAUUUGUUCUGUGGGAUCUACAGUAAGAAUAAUAUCUCCAGGUAUGUUGAGUACAGUGGAACGUCAAAAUCAACCACAGGCUCAGCAAUUGUUACAACAGACGCAGCAAGUAACAGGCAUACCAGCAACCUAUCAUGUACCUAGAGGACCGGCAGCAGUUGCUAAUAUUUCAGCUCCUAGGUCAACUGUAGCUACUCCUAUUGUUAGAGCAAAUACAGGACAAACAGUACCUACCACAAGAGCAGGAAUAAGUACAACUAUUUCAAGUUCUCAGUGGCAACCUAAGACAUCAGUUGUAUAUGCACAACCACAAAGACAUCCAGCACCUCCAGUUAGUCGAGUUUCAAGACCACCGUCUACCGUGUAUACGAGUCAGCAGCCUCGUCUAAUUACACCAGCAGGACAAGGAAGGUCUGUUCAAGCCACAAUGGUCUCUGGAGUUCCUGGUACUCCGUCCAGAUUAAUAGCGCCUGUUCUUCAGGCAAACAAUAGUAUUACACGAUUGCCAGUAUCACAAAGUAGACCAACUACACCUCAAGUGGCAAACAUAUCACAGACUGCACAACCUGGUAGAUCUUCAACUCAAACUAUUCAACCAAAUCAAUCAAACAGACCUAGUACCGGUAUUGUGAAUCGUAUAGCUGUAUCCGCACCUGUAGUUGGUACUGCAAAUAGAAUAUCUGGUACAGCUUCGGUAACUGUUCAACCAACAGUGGGAAGGCAAUUAUCAAUUAACACUGUGGCUACUCCAUCGAGCAGUACUGUUAGUCGAAUUGUCAUCCCAUCUCAGCAAGUUCAACAACAGCAGCAGCAACAGCAACAGCAACAGCAGCAGCAGCAGCAGCAGCAGCAGCAGCAGCAACAACAGCAACAACAACAACAGCAGCAAUCGCAACAACCACCACCGCAACAACCACAACCGCAACAACCACAAUCACAAUCGCAAACAGCUCCACGUGUUGUUCAAACAGUAACUUCUUUAUCAAGUCUCAGUACAGUGUCGCGUGUAAUUGCUACAACAACAAGUACAUCAAAUACCACAAGAGUGUCACAGCCGACAUCAACCACGGUUGCUAGACUUACUGGGAUGUCUUUACAUCCUUUACCUUUAGCACCUGCAAGAGUUACGUCAGCACCUGUUAAAACAGUGCAGGCACAAAGUAUUGGACAAACUGUCCAAAUUAAAUCUUCCCAACAAUCUGGAUUUCGAGUUUCUUCGGCUAGUAAUACAAAUAAUAAUUCAAAUACAGCACCCGCUCAGUCAGUUCAAGGACAAUAUUUGCAUUCUCCCCAUACUGCUACUUAUUAUUCCUUUGAACCAACAGGAACAUAUACUCAAUAUCGACAAACUCCAGUAAGAUUACUCGUUGAACCCGGAUACGAUGAACCACAUACUAAAACAAACGCAUCUCCAAGACCAAGUAUACUUAGAAAAAGGGAUCAUGAUAAUUCACCUAUUAAAGGUGCAGCAAAAAAUUUAGUUCCUGUACUUGCAUCUUUACCGCCUGUCACCACAUCCAGUCCACCUUGUUCACCAAGAGGAGAUCAAGAUGGUGGAGGUUGUCAAAGUUCGGGAUCCACUACGGUUUCAGCAACAUCAUCGCCAGGACUCGAUGAAGAACCAGAACAAUCUAGAAUUACUAUAAAUCCAACAGUUGAGAUGUCUCCAAGGAAAAAACCUCGAAAACAACAACUUACCGGUGUAGAAUUAACGGAAUCAAGAUGUACAGAAGAAGAAAUGCAAUUCAUCACAGAAGAGAGAAUGAAGAAGGAACUUAAAGAAGAACCGAAAGAAAAAUUGUUGGAAAAGAGGCAAGCUUCAAACACGCAGUGUGAUGUAAUCAAGUCUCCUAUACAACAGUCAACCGUUCCAAUGCGAGCACGGCCUACACCUAGCUUAUUAGGACCUUCCUGGAAAAAUAGAUGGGGAAGUAGACUUCAUCAUUAUAGAAGACCAAGUGAGGUUCGACCUCGCGAAGAAAGACGUCCCACGGUUGCAGAAAUAGCCCAACAAAAACAUGUAUUACAGAAAUUAAAUGGUUGGAAGGUAUAUCAUCUUACCGCGCAGAUGGAAGACAUUGCUGAUCUUGAAAAACAAGUACAUGAAAAAUUGAAAACAACACUAAACAUGCUUGAAUCGCAACAAAAUGUUAGAAGUAGACAGGAUGACGGACUUGAACGUGUAAACGAAUUGAUUAAAGGAAAUAUGCAGCGCAGUAGUUUAAUUAGCGAAGGAAUGAAUGAAGCACGCACGCAACUUAUUGCUAUAUUUCAGCAUAAAGGACCUAUUACAGACAUUUUACAACGGUGCGGUAAUAAACGAGCUCAAAAGAAACGAGAUAAAUGAGCUAGCGUUUGCAUCGAAUUGCAAUGAAUAUGUUUAUAAGGAACCCUUGCAUAAGCGAGGUUUAAAAGGGAGUUAUUUUUAUCUGUGUCACAGAAUCUAUAUUAUAGGAGUAAAAUAAAUGAUUUUAUAAGACUAUGA